AUGCCAGGCUUGUACUGCCUGCCAACCUGGACUGCCCUCCCGCUGAAGAGCUCGUGUGUGAAGGCCUGUGCCAAUGGGUAUUCCCUCGGGUUCACCGCCUACCUUACUUACAUCAACUUGGAGCAUGAAGCUGUAGAAGGGGUAUUUGUUUAUCCGCUGGAGGAGUCGGAGGUGGUGGCUGGCUUUGAAGCCAUGACAGGGAGCAGAACCUUCACCUUCCAGAUCCAGAACCGGCACCGAGCAGAGGAUUGCUGCCUUGACUGUAGCUCCACUUUGAACCAACCGCUCCGCUGCACCAAUGGUCACUUGAUCCUUGACGAAGACUUGGCGCGUUCCAUGUUCAUCAUGAGCACCGGCCCCGUCGGGCCCUUGGAAACCUUGACGGUGGUCUUCAGCAGCAACCAGGAGCUGGCGACCCUGCCGAACGGCGCCCUGCGCGUCCUCUUCCCCUCUGUGCUCACGCCCUUCGUUCUCUCUGUCCCUGAAAGUGAAAGUGAGGCGGGAGGCUUGUGUGACGACAGUUCCACCAGUUGCUUUAGAUCCAGUGGGAUGAAGAGUGAGCAGUCUUUCCUCCUGCCACCCAAAGACACAGAUAUCUUCAAAGGGGACGUCUACAAUCCCUUCCCCUACGAGUUCAGUUUUGAAAUGCUGGUUAAAGGACCCUGUUUGCUGGCAGGAUUGGAAAGCCCGUCCCACGCUCUUCAAGCUGACGCCAACCCGUACGCCAGCUCUGCCUCGACUAUCUGCAUUACCUUGGCAGAGAAACACAAGUGUGACCGGAACCUGGAAAUUAUCUUACAUCCUUGUGAACCUCAUCGCCCACACCUCGUUAUUGAGGAUGGUGCCAUGACAUACCAGGAGUACGAGGCCCACAUAAGGAACCGCCGAGACUACGCACAGAUUGCCAAGAAAGACAGCGAUGGAGAGAGACAGGUGCGCUUCGUUCAGAAGAGGUUCCACAAGGACAUCUUCCACAAUCCUGUCCUGAUGCUGAAUUUCUGCCCCGAGGUGGGCGGCGUCUCCACUGAUUUCCAGACUGUGACACGGGAAAUGCUGUUCCUCAUAGACCGAAGUGGAAGCAUGUGUGGCUGCAGCAUUGACGGGAUCAAGGAUGCUUUGCUGGUGGCCGUCAAGAGCCUUCCUUCCAACACCUUGUUGAAUAUUGCCGGCUUUGGCUCCAACAUCAAGCCUCUCUUCAGAACCAGCAAGCCCUGCAACAGCGAGACCCUCCGGCUGGCCUGCGAACACAUUCAGAAGCUACGGGCAGACAUGGGUGGAACCAAUUUCCUUGGGGCUCUCUCUUGGAUCUUGGGUCAGCCUCUUCACCGCGGGUAUCCACGACAGCUCUUUGUCUUCACAGACGCCAGCGUGAGCAACACCGGCAAAGUCAUCGAGCUGGUCAGGAGGCAGGCGAGCACCGUCAGGUGUUUCACCUUUGGUCUGGGGACCGGUGCCUGCCGUAGGCUCCUACGGGGAAUGGCUAAGGUGAGCAGAGGUCAAGCUGAAUUCCUGAGCCCGGGUGAAAGGCUACAGCCUAAGCUGAUGAAGUCUUUGAAGAAAGCCAUAGAGCCAGCUGUGAGUGACAUCACGAUCGACUGGUAUGUGCCUGACACCAUGGAAGCCCUGCUGUCGCCCAACGAGAUCGCGGCCCUGUAUCCUGGGGACCGGCUCAUCAGCUACUGCACGCUUUACCAUAUUGCCAGCUUCCGGGACAAGAAGGGCAGAGAGCAGCUAUGCCGGAGCCUGUCCAAGGGCUCCGCAGGGUCGGUGUUCCAGUCCCAGGAGGAGGCCAUAGAUCAAGAGGCGGCCCAUUUGCACCCACCAGGGGAGAACCAAGACAUUUAUAAAGCCCUUCAUGAAAUCUCCCGUGAGAUAUCCCUGGAGUUCUCCGCUGGGGGUACAGAAGAGUCCGUGAAGAGUGGAGACAUCUGGAAGCGCAUCUACCAGCCCUCCUACAUCCAGGAGCAGUAUGUGCUCACCCACUGCUCCGUCAGCACGGACCGCAGCCAAGGCUUGCUCUCCCACAGCUCCACCAGCAGCGAGUCCACCGGCUCCAGGGACGUGCCCCCAGAGGGAGGCUCCCUAGCCAUGGCCCUGGAAGGCUGCUCCCAGCAAGGCCAGAAGAGUGUGUCCCUCUGCAAUUCCUCCACCAAGUCUGCUCCCAUCCCACAGGCUCAGCCAGGGGCCGGGACGAAGGCAUCGGCGGCCCUGAGUUCUGAAGAGUUGGUUCGAAGGAACAAAGUGCUGGCCCGAGCUGCCCUCUCCGGACGCAGCUUCUCAUCCCCACACGGCGAACUGGAUGCCCAUCGACUGCGCCGGGCCCUGGAGAAGGUCUCCCAGAAACGGAACCGGUCCCUGGAAGGGAAACUAGAUGAAAUUGGGCCUGAACUGCAGAAGAUGCGAAAGAGCAUUGCUGAUUCCAGUAACUUAUUGUCCCCGGCCCACCUAGACUGGGACACUCUAUUGGAGCCUCCAUACUUUUUCAGCCCGUCGCUGGCAACCGAGCAAGGGGAGAGUGAAGGAAGCGCCUCCCCCUCCCUCCGGUGCCAGAUUGUGAUCCACGCGCUGAGCGCGGGGAAGCCGGUCUCGUGGGAACUGACCGCCAGCUUGGACUCCCUCCUCCUUUCCCGAGAGACCCAGGCCAAAGAGGAGCCACCCAGACAGCGCCAGCAAAGCAAAGCUUGGGACAAGCUGCUUCACCGCUUGACGGCCAGCUCCGUCAUCCGGGAUAAUGAGAACGUCGCCCAGAGAGAAGCGGAGCUAGAAAAUGGUUUCUCACGGAGGUUCCGCCUUAAGGCCAUCCAGUCCAGCAAGGCUUGUAACACACCCUCCGUUUAUACCUCCAUGAUGCCUGUGGAUUCUUCCACUCAGGAAGCCUUUCCCUCAGCCCUUGAGGUUCGCUGCAUAGGGGGCUCGUACAAUCACCAGCAAGCAUCUCGGUCUGGCAGCCGGCGCCAGCGUAGCUACUCAGCAGGUCUGGGACGUAGGCAGGACUCAGAGGAGCUGGAUGAUGCUCCUGUUUCUACAGAAGAGAUUCCAUCUUCUCCUCUUAACAUCAACUCUGCUUCCCAUGAAAAGCAAAAUUGCUCUGAGGGUAUUGAUCCCAGCCCUUCCCCUGUCUCUGUGGGCUCCCAGAAGUCAGUGGAGAACUUUGUAAGCUCCAGAUUCAGCCUCGGCCAGCGACGGGGACAAGGCUUGGCGCUCCGACCACAGUGCCUGACCCCCCCAAGCGAACCAUCCUCAUGUGACAGUGCCAUUCACGACUACCUUCCGCUGGUGCAUCUGCAGCAGGCCCCGGGCAUGUUCCAGCUGAGCGAGAGCUUCUCGGAGGUGGUUCAGAUACCCCUGGACCGCUUGCGCCGGGCCUCCCCCUACGCCUCCCACCGCGCCAGCCUCAGCCCGGCCUCCAGCACGUCCCCUUGGGCGCUGAUCGCCAAGAGGAGCCCCAAGCCGACAGCAAACCCGCCUUCCCCGGUCUGCGACGGCGGUGAAGAAGUCCCGGGAACGAGCAAAGAGGGGGGCGUGGAGCCGGGCUCGCCGCACUCCCAGAGCACCUGCUCGGAGGUGCUGAGCUCCGCCGUGUGGGUGCAGGCGGACAGUGGGCGGGGCUCCGAGACCGACGGGUGCGACCACUCGCCCGAUGCCUCGGUGGCGAGCCUCAGCCUGGAGGCGGACGAGGGCGACCUGGAGAGCAUGACCUGGGCCACGGCGGUGGCGUUGGCGUGGCUGGAGCACCGCUGCGCCGGGUUCUUCGUGGAGUGGGAGCUGCUGGCGGCCAAGGCCGACGCCUGGUUGCGGAGCCAACAGUUGCCGGAAGGCGUGGGUGUCGCCGCCCUUAAAGGGGCCGCGCGGCAGCUGUUCCUGCUCCUCCGCCACUGGGACGAGAACAUCAAGCUGAACAUGCUGUGUUACGACCCAAACAACGUGUGAAGGGAGGGGCGGCGGCUUUGGCCGAG